AAGGUGGUGCGUGGAAUGUCGAUAGGUACCUAUACAUAUAUACGGUGCGCUCUCUGUUGAUUGUUAGCUGAUCAGCUGAUUCGAGUCUGUUUUAUGGACCGAGGUGCGUUUCAUUUCCGCAGCUCUGUCGGUCUAGCUUACUUUGUAAUUUUUAACCUCAUGCGCUUGUAGUUUAUUUUAUUGUUGCACUUAUGCGUUUUCAAACAUUUUACAUUCUAUAUUUGGUAAAAUUUUUACCCUCAAGUAGCUAGUUCUUUGAUCUACAAUAAGGUGUCUUAUACAUUAAAGACAAAAAAAAAUGGCUACAACGAGAGCAUUAGUUUAUUUUAUUGGACGAAGACAUCUGAUGCCAUGUUCUGUGCCAGUAACUACAAUAAAAGCAAACUCUUACGUUCCACUUUGCGUGCCACAAGCAUUCUAUGCAGAUCAAAAAUCUAUAACAAAAUCUGAGCAACCAGAAUCUGGAGGUCAGGUCCAAGUUGGUUUUGCAGAAGUAGUCAAAGAAAACACCAAGUCUGCCUGGUACAUGAGUGUUAUUGUGGCCGGUAUUGGAGUAACUGCGGUCAUGUUCUAUGCCAUUUUUAGAGAACUGUUUUCCAAAAAGAGUCCAAAUAGUGUAUAUAGUCUUGCACUCGACAGACUUAUGAACGAUCCAAAGGUUACGGAUGCCCUUGGAUCACCUAUCAAAGCUUAUGGAGAAGAAACACGGAGAGGGCGACGAGGUCAUGUUAGUCAUACAUCCUAUGAGAAAAAUGGAGUUCAGCACAUGAGGAUGAAAUUUUAUAUUCAAGGACAGCGCAAACAAGGCACUGUUUAUUUAGAAGUUCGAGAAGAUGCCAAUGGCGAUUGGUUUUAUAGAUAUCUGUUCAUUCAACUGAAGGAUAUGGCCCGCAGUGUAAUUGUAUUAGAAGAUAACAGAGAAAUCGAAAACAAUGUAUAUACAAGCCCUGAGGAGAUGCACGAAAUGGUGCCCCCUGGAUUCAAGCUAUAAGUAGUUGAAAUUUUUUAAUCAUCUUUUUAAAGGUAAAAGGUAAUGCAAUUCUAAGUCAAUUUAUUCAAUGAAAUAAAUGGGUGAUGUAUGUACAUAUAACAUUAGAAUUGACUUUAUAAAGAAUUCAUAGAACCAAA